AUGCAGCCGCGAUGCCGCGUAGCCAUCAUGGGAACGGCGGUGAAGCCAGCCCAAGCGUCGAUCAUCGUACUCUUUCAAGGGAGGACAGCGACAAUCGCUCUCCUCCUCACCCUCCUCCUCUACCUCCCCCUCUCAGCACCUCACCCCAUCAACCUCUCCACCCUCUCCGCAUCCUCCUCUCUCCCAUCUAUAGCCCACGCGCAUGCAUCCGUUUACCCCCGUGCACACGCUUCCCCCUUUGCAACCCAUGCCAUGCCUGUGCUGCUGUGUGCGCUGCUCUAUCUGCUCAACAUGGCAUUGGACGGUGUGGAUGGCGUCGUGGCUCGCCGCCUGCGCCAGGUGUCGGCGUUUGGUGCGAUCCUGGACGUUGCUGUCGAUAACGCACUGCGCACCGCCAUGUGGGCGGCUGCCGUGAACAGUGCCAUGCUGACCAUGAACAGUGUCAGGCUCGGCAUGAACAGUGCUGGUGGGAGUGUGUUAGGCAUAAACAGUGCACGGAUGCUGCAAGCAGCCGCCAUCAUAAUCCCAUGUGUGGAAUGGUUCACAUUCGCCUGCUCCCAUGCCAGCACGCUUGGCAGUGCCAGUGGCAGUGGCAGUGGCAGUGCAACACGUGCUCAUGGCAACGACACCACAGCACUUGCGGAAGGGGCUAAGGGAGGGGUUGGAGUGGCAAGGCAAGAGCAAGAGCAAGGGGUGGGGGAAGGACAAGAGCAUGAUAGUAGAGGGAAAGGAGUGGAGCAGGGAGCAGGGUUGAAGAUGCGGUCGAAGGAGAGGAGCAACUGGAAGGACGUGUGGGGUGGCAAGAACGACAGUCCGCUUCUGGUCUCUCUGGUCAUGCGGAAUGGCUUCAAAACCCCGGUUGGAGUCAUGGCAAUUGCAGGCCUGCACUUCCUCCCUCUCUGGCUCUUCCUUCGACACCAUCUACACUUUUUCCUCACUUCACUCUCACACGCAUAUUUGCAAAGGAGGCAUUCCGGCAUUCUUAAAGCGGGGGGGGGUCGUGGGUCCAACGGCAAGGCACAGGUGGCGGAUGAGGAGGAGCAGGAUGACAAGGCAGAGGCAGUGGUUGGAGAAGCAGUUGCAGCAGUGGGAGAGGAGCAGCCGCGAGAGGGGUGGUGGAUUGACAGUGGGGCCAGCCACAACUUUACUCCUUAUGCAUCGGACUUCAAAAGUAAGCUUCAACCACCAGAGGUUCGGGGAGUUAGAUUGGGAGAUGGACGGGUGGUGAAAGCUGUUGGCAUGGGUGAGGUGCCAGUGGUUGGUGCUGGAGGUCAGCUGCUGAGGAUUCAAAAGGUCCACCUUGUGCCUGAGAUGCACACGCGUCUGCUGUCAGUCCCACACCUCACCUCUCGAGAUGUCAUUGUCACAUUCAAAGGCAAGAGAUGUGUCCUUCAACGGGGGGAGCGGGUGUUGGCGAUUGGAGAAAAGGAGAGGGGAAGGGACCAUGGAUUGGUGCGGAUGUUUCUUCCUCUUGCUCAGGGCACACAGGGCAGUGCUCUUGCAGCUAAGUCGUCCUCCUCAUUUUCCCCAUUGACCCUUGCCCAUCGCCGCCUUGGUCAUACCGCCCCCACAACAUUGCAACAGAUGGCUCGGGGGAACAGUGUACUGGGCUUUGAGAUUGGGGGGGGGAACACUGAUUGUUCCCCAUGUGAGCCCUGCUUAUUGGGAAAGUCGGCUCGGAAGCCGUUUCCCCAUGAGGCGUCUCGAGCACUUGGGCCUUUGGAUGAGGUCCACAUGGAUUUGUGGGGGCCGGUGCGCACACCAUCACUGGGAGGAGCGGUAUAUGUCCUCAGUCUCAUUGACAACUUCACCAGACGAGUUUGGUCGUUCCCCCUCCCCAACAAGGAAUCGGCCAUAGUUGCAAAAGUCCUUCGCCAGUGCCAUAAGGACGUGGAGUUGGAGUGUGGGCGGAAGCUGAAGGCUGUUCGCUCGGACAGGGGUGGCGAGUUCUUGGGGGAAGCUGUAAAAGCAUGGAAGGCGGAGUUUGGCAUUAAAACUCAAUUGAGCGUCGCAGAUACACCGCAACAGAAUGGGGUUGUGGAGAGGUGGCACAGGACGAUGGCAGAGGGGAUUCGCACAUUGUUGGUCGACAGUGGUCUCCCUGCUCGCUUGUGGGGUGAAGCAUUGAUGUGGGUCGUGUGGGUUAAGAACAGGGUCACCCACAGUGCUUUGCCUGCCUCCAUCACACCAAUGGAGGCGUGGUCCGGCCAGAAGCCGCAUGUGGGCAUGGCUCGGAUUUGGGGUUGCAUGGGGAGUGUCAUGUUGCAUGGGCAUGAGAAGGGUGGCAAGCUUGAUGCACGGGCUGUCAUGUGUGUCUGUGUUGGGGUGGACAUGGAGAGCAAGGGUUGGCGCAUGCUGGACCCUUCUAUCAUGCGCAUUCGCAUUGCUCGGGAUGUUGAUUUCCUUGAGAAUGUGAUGUGGAAGGAUUGGGACAAGGCAAAGGAAUUUGGGGAGCUUCUGCAGGAUGCAGCUGCAAUUUCCCAACUCCUCCCUCUUCCACUCUCGCCACCUUCAGCAACGGCUGACGACGUUGAGAUGCCACUUUCACCACUGCCACCGGCACCGCUGAGUGUGUCGGUGCAGCAGCAGCCCACCCCUCUGCAGCAGCUCAGUGGCCCCUCGGUCAUUCAGCGGAGAUCCGCUACACAGGCUACUUCCUCUUCCUCCUCCUCUAGUCAGCGCUCUAUCCCUCUCUCUACGGGUGCCCCUCCGUCACCAGCGACUACCUCCCCACCACCGGUUACGGGUUUGCAGGCGCUUGGUAUCCAGUCUGGUACAGGUGGUGAGGAGGUAGGGGGGGAUGCUGGUGUGGUUGAGGGCAUGCUAUGUUUGGCCAGGGAGGUGGAAGGUGUUGCACUGGCAGGUGUCAAGGAGGUGCUUGCUCAGAGGUACCAGAUGAAGGAUCUAGGUGACUUAUCCAUGUACCUUGGUGUGGAGGUUCGCAGGUCGGUCAAGGAUGGGUGGUUGGAGAUUGGUCAGGAGAAGUAUGUCCGUGGUCUCUAG